CUUUGCAGGAUGGGCGCGGGAGGCGGGAGCCCCCGGGGUGGGCUAGUCGCCUGAGCUGGGGAUGCCUGGGCAGAUGUGGAGGCAGCUCGAAAGGUGGCACCGCACUUGGGUCGCUGGAGCUGCGCUGUUCCUAGGAGACCGAGGAGCAGCAAGCCUGCGGGGGAGGGGGAGCAAGUGGGUUGCUGCUUUUAGCUGCUGAAAGGGCUGCAGGGAGCUCUGGGUAAGACAUUUUCUGCUGCUGCUGCUUCUGCGGUAGAAGCUGCUGGGAGUAAGUCAGAGGAAGGAGGAUCGAGAGGGAGGAGGCUUCGUUUGCAGCCAUGCUGAAUCACUGUUGCUGAUCAGAUCUCCUGUUGGUUGGCCAGGAGAUCCGAGAACAGAGCUAGGAUCUCCGGGUGCAUGCACAGUUCAGCGGCUGCCACCCUGGCUGGGCCUCGCACAAUGGAGGGUGAAAGCAUCAAGACGAGCUCCCAGCCCCCGGUUCAGGCCGGAGAUGAUGAGAAGAACCAGAGGACGAUCACUGUCAACCCUGCCCAUAUGGGGAAGGCAUUCAAGGUUAUGAAUGAACUGCGGAGUAAACAGCUGUUGUGUGACGUGAUGAUUGUGGCAGAAGAUGUCGAGAUAGAAGCCCACCGUGUGGUCCUGGCAGCCUGCAGCCCCUACUUCUGUGCAAUGUUCACAGGUGACAUGUCUGAGAGUAAAGCCAAGAAGAUAGAAAUCAAGGACGUGGAUGGGAGGACGCUGAAUAAGCUGAUUGACUACAUCUAUACGGCAGAAAUUGAGGUGACCGAAGAGAAUGUCCAGGUGCUGCUCCCAGCGGCCAGCUUGCUGCAGCUCAUGGACGUUCGGCAGAACUGCUGUGACUUCCUGCAGUCUCAGUUGCAUCCCACCAACUGCUUGGGCAUCCGCGCGUUUGCAGACGUGCACACCUGCACCGACCUUCUGCAGCAGGCCAACGCUUAUGCAGAGCAGCACUUUCCAGAGGUGAUGCUGGGGGAAGAAUUUCUUAGCCUAAGUCUGGACCAGGUGUGCAGCCUGAUAUCCAGUGACAAGCUGACCGUUUCUUCAGAGGAGAAGGUAUUUGAAGCUGUGAUUUCAUGGAUCAAUUAUGAGAAAGAAACCCGUUUAGAGCACAUGGCAAAACUGAUGGAACAUGUCCGUCUCCCUCUCUUACCGAGGGAUUACCUGGUCCAGACGGUUGAAGAAGAAGCUUUGAUAAAGAAUAACAACACCUGUAAGGACUUCCUCAUCGAGGCCAUGAAAUACCAUCUGCUCCCUCUGGAUCAGAGGCUCUUGAUUAAGAACCCGAGGACCAAGCCCAGGACUCCAGUCAGCCUGCCCAAGGUCAUGAUUGUGGUUGGUGGCCAGGCCCCCAAGGCGAUCCGCAGCGUGGAAUGCUAUGAUUUUGAAGAGGACCGGUGGGACCAGAUUGCUGAGCUUCCCUCCAGGAGAUGCAGAGCAGGUGUGGUGUUCAUGGCUGGUCACGUGUAUGCUGUGGGCGGGUUUAAUGGCUCACUGCGCGUACGGACCGUGGAUGUAUAUGACGGUGUGAAGGACCAGUGGACGUCCAUCGCCAGCAUGCAGGAGCGCCGGAGCACUCUGGGCGCGGCCGUACUCAAUGACCUGCUCUAUGCCGUGGGGGGCUUUGAUGGCAGUACUGGCCUAGCGUCCGUGGAAGCCUACAGCUACAAGACCAACGAGUGGUUCUUCGUGGCCCCAAUGAACACACGGCGGAGCAGCGUGGGUGUGGGUGUCGUGGAGGGGAAGCUGUAUGCUGUCGGGGGUUAUGAUGGGGCUUCCCGCCAGUGCCUGAGCACCGUGGAGCAGUACAACCCGGCAACCAAUGAGUGGACGUAUGUGGCGGACAUGAGCACCCGCCGCAGUGGUGCAGGGGUCGGGGUGCUCAGUGGCCAGCUGUAUGCCACGGGUGGGCACGACGGACCCCUGGUAAGGAAGAGCGUUGAAGUUUACGAUCCCGGAACAAACACCUGGAAGCAGGUGGCAGACAUGAAUAUGUGCCGGCGAAAUGCAGGAGUCUGUGCAGUGAAUGGGCUUCUGUAUGUGGUUGGAGGGGAUGAUGGAUCCUGCAACUUGGCUUCAGUGGAGUACUACAAUCCUGUCACCGACAAAUGGACGCUGCUACCAACCAACAUGAGCACGGGGCGGAGCUACGCAGGUGUUGCUGUGAUUCACAAGCCCUUGUGA